AUGUCGAAGAUGUUCGCCAAGGCCACUUCGGCCUUCAGCAAGCCCAAAGAGUCAGAAAGCGAGCAGGAUGGCGAGUCUCUCACAACUGUGCUUGAGAGUGAAGAAGACAGGAGCGCUCUCACAAUUUUGAUUGCAGACUGCACCGAAGCAAUGCGCCAAGCGAUCAUCGAUGUGUUUGACGCGAAAGAGACUGGCAAGAAGCAAGAUCUAGUAGCCAAGACUGGAGAUGACGAUUCUGAACAGGCCGCGAAGGACAAAGCAAAGGAUGACAAGGAAUUGGCUCAGAGAGAAAAGGAGCUCAACGAGUCAAAGAUGUUGGAGCUAAAGAAGGCUGCUUUGGAGCACUUCGAUGCAUGGAGAAGCUCUGUUAUUGGUAGGAUUGGUGAAGUGGUCAACUCGCGGGAAACAGCCGCAAAGCACAAGGAACACGGCUCGGCCAGGAAAGAGGAGCCAAAGGAGGACAAGGAUGCCAAUGCCGUAUCGCCAAUGAAGUUUCCAGAUCUGCCAAAAUACGACGAAGAAGUUCAGCAUAAGUUGAUGACGCUGUAUCCACCGAUCCAGAACCCUCUCAGGAACUUGCCAGAGGAGCGCCGGGCCCUGAUUCUGCAUUCUCUUUUACUGCUCUUGUUGAGUCUGGAACACUAUCAUUCAGAAUCACGGAUUUUGUUGCUUCGAAUGUCGACAAGUCUACACUUGUCUAUCGACUUCCUAGUAAACGAUGAGAGCAAGAUCGCACGAGUUCUGCUCACGGCCGCGGAGAGUAUGAGCGCCGAUGACGAGACGAAGAAAGCCGCAGAGGAUAACAGGGUGGGACGGAGGUGGAAGGUUGGUCUCGCAACAGCUGCAGGUGCUGCGUUGAUUGGGAUUACAGGCGGUCUUGCAGCGCCUUUACUUGCAGCGGGCGUGGGCAGUGUCAUGGGUGGCUUGGGUCUCGCAAGUACGGCUGCGGCGGGCUAUCUUGGGACACUGGCUGGAAGUACUGUCUUGGUUGGUGGUCUCUUUGGUGCGUACGGUGGUCGGAUGACGGGCAAGAUGAUGGACCAGUACGCCAAGGAAGUCGGCGACUUUGCCUUCAUACCCGUUCGAGACCAUCACCAACCUCGAAAGAUAGAGAAAGAAUACCGCCGGUUACGAGUUGCCGUCGGGAUCAGCGGAUGGCUCACCAACCAAGAUGAAGUCGUGGACCCUUGGAAAGUCUUAGGCGUCCAGAUGGAGAACUUCGCUCUGCGCUGGGAAUUGGAGGCACUGAUGAAUCUCGGAAACGCGAUGACUACGAUGGUUACGUCUGCAGCAUGGGGCUUCGCAAAGAUGCAGAUCAUCAAGCAUACUGUCUUAGGGGCUCUUUCCGCUGGCUUGUGGCCACUCGGUUUGCUCAGAAUCUCGCGACUCAUCGACAAUCCGUUCAGUGUUGCCAACUACAGGGCGCAAAAGGCCGGAGAUGUGCUUGCAGAUGCACUCAUCAACAAAGCACAAGGAGAGCGACCCAUUACGUUGGUUGGGUACAGUCUCGGCGGGAAAGUCAUCUUCACUUGUCUCCAGCGACUCGCAGAACGUAAAGCUUUCGGCCUCAUCGAGUCCGUCGUCUUGAUCGGCACUCCUGCUCCUUCCAUGGCAGCAGAAUGGAGACUGAUCAGGAGUGUCGUCUCUGGUCGUGUAGUCAAUGUCUUUAGCACGAACGACUAUGUGCUUGGCUUCCUUUACCGAAGCCACAGCAUCCAGAUGGGUGUCGCAGGUCUGCAAGCCGUUGAAAACGUGAAAGGAGUGGAGAACAUGGACGUCAGCGAGCUCGUCAGCGGCCACACAACAUAUCGAAACCUCACGGGUACGAUACUGAAGAAGAUUGGCUUUGAGGACGUAGAUGCGGAAGGAUUGGAAGAGGAAGAAGAGGCUCUCAAAAUGCAAGAAGCGAAGGAAGAAGCUGAGCGGGAGCGAUCGGAAUCCGAACAGAAAGCUAAAGAUGGCGAUACAUCCAAGUCUACCGAGGGGAAAGAUGGUGUAUCUGAUGAGUAUGUCAACGAGAUGGAAAAGGAAAUUGAGAAGAAGAACGAAAAGAGCUACAUUGGCUGGAUGCAAGAAAAGAUGACUGCUACCGGCACAGGCGCGAAAGCUGCCCUUGAGAAGGCCAAGUUGCAAUGGCAAUCAAAACAGUCUCCUGCAGCAGGACAGGCAGCCGGUGGUGUGGCUGGUGCUGUACCAACACCUCUGUAA